AUGUCUGCAUUUGUGCAUCGAGACAGAAUUCAAAAUUGCUACAAGGAAACCAUUAAUGAUCCAUUCGAUGAAUUAACAAAUGAAAUGUUGCAUAAUACUGCAGUGUCGAACAGCGUACCGAUGGAAUUUUUAAUUCCUCCUUUUCUAACUGGCAUCGCGCAUUUCCUGAACAAAUCGGAAAUUCGACCCUGGGGAAGCUGGACCCAACCUUCAAUCAUUUAUUCUGCGACGGUCGGAUUCACUGGAACAAACAAAACAGCAGCUAUGGGUGCUGUCCGAAAUGCCAUUGCCGAAGUUGAGAGUGCUACUGAAAUAUGCGACAUGAGGUUUAGAAUGAAUCAAUCUGCUACAGUUAAAUCACUAUUAAAACAGCUGAACAACGACAGCCGGCAAAUUCAGCUGUGGGAUGAGCUCAAAACUUGGCAGAGCAGUCUCGGGCUGUACAAGACUGGUUCCGCAUCCGACUACGAUACGACUAUAUAUCUGACAGCGUACAAUGGCGGAACUUUAAAGAGACAAACUUGUAGCAGUAACAUCUCCAUUCAAAAGCCUGUGGUAAAUAUCUGUGGAAUGGCGCAUCCUGGGGAAAUUUGCAGGUGCCUUGACGAGGAAAGAAAAAAUGCCAACUCUAACGAUGGUUUAUACAGCCGAUUCCUCCUUUGCAUGCCAAAACCGGAAUUCAGAGAUGCGGAUUUAAAUGAAGAAAUCUUACCUAAUACCCCUAGUCUGGCCAGGUAAUAAGAACGUACA